UUGUUGCACACUGCAUCAUGUUAAUAACUACUCACACUGCUUUCAAUUAAUCUAAUGCUGAUUGCUUCUAACCCUCACUAAACAGUUUUGAAAAUUGCUGUAGUUUAGCUGCGACGCUUAUGAUUAGAGUCAACAAUUUGAAAUGGCCAACUCACCUGAUGCGGUCGUCUCCUCUCAACCAGCUUUCUUAAGGUCUGGUUCAGUUUACGAACCUCUUAAAAGCAUUAAUCUUCCGAGACCUGAUAAUGAAACUCUGUGGGAUAAAUUAGAUCAUUAUUACAGAAUUGUCAAGGCAACAUUGCUGAUGUAUCAGAGUCCCACCACGGGUCUCUUCCCUACCAAAACAUGUGGUGAUGAUAAGAAGGCCAAGAUCCAGGACAGUCUGUAUUGUGCUGCUGCGGCCUGGGCCUUGGCUCUGGCGUACAGGCGCAUUGAUGAUGACAAGGGAAGGACCCAUGAGCUGGAGCACUCGGCUAUAAAAUGUAUGAGAGGGAUUCUUUACUGCUAUAUGCGUCAGGCCGAUAAGGUGCAGCAGUUUAAGCAGGAUCCACGCCCAACAACUUGUCUUCACUCGAUCUUCAAUGUGCACACAGGGGAUGAGAUGCUCUCCUGUGAGGAAUAUGGUCAUCUGCAGAUAAAUGCAGUGUCACUGUAUCUCCUUUACCUUGUGGAAAUGAUUUCCUCAGGACUCCAGAUUAUCUAUAACACUGAUGAGGUCUCUUUUAUUCAAAACCUUGUAUUUUGUGUUGAAAGAGUUUACCGUGUCCCUGAUUAUGGUGUCUGGGAAAGAGGAAGCAAAUAUAAUAAUGGCAGCACAGAGCUACAUUCAAGCUCUGUUGGCCUAGCAAAAGCAGCUUUAGAAGCAAUUAAUGGAUUCAACCUCUUUGGCAACCAGGGCUGUUCCUGGUCAGUGAUAUUUGUGGAUCUCGAUGCUCACAAUCGCAAUAGGCAGACAUUGUGUUCAUUGUUACCCAGGGAAUCCAGAUCCCAUAACACGGACGCUGCCCUGCUGCCCUGCAUCAGUUACCCUGCGUUUGCCCUGGAUGAUGAAGCGCUGUUUAGCCAGACACUUGACAAAGUGGUUAGAAAAUUGAAAGGAAAAUACGGAUUUAAGCGAUUCUUGAGAGAUGGAUAUAGAACGUCAUUGGAAGAUCCUAACAGACGUUACUACAAACCAGCUGAAAUUAAGCUAUUUGAUGGCAUUGAAUGUGAAUUUCCCAUAUUUUUCCUUUACAUGAUGAUCGAUGGAGUUUUUAGAGGCAAUCCCAAACAAGUAAAGGAAUAUCAAGAUCUUCUGACUCCAGUACUGCAUCAGACCACAGAAGGUUAUCCUGUCAUACCAAAGUACUAUUAUGUGCCAGCUGAUUUUGUGGAAUAUGAAAAAAGAAACCCUGGUAGUCAAAAGCGAUUUCCUAGCAAUUGUGGCCGUGAUGGAAAACUCUUUCUUUGGGGACAAGCUCUGUAUGUUAUUGCAAAACUUUUAGUUGAUGAACUAAUCAGCCCCAUGGACAUUGAUCCUGUCCAGCGCUAUGUUCCACUACAGAAUCAACGUAAUGUGAGCAUGCGGUUUUCCAAUCAGGGCCCACUGGAAAAUGAUUUGGUCGUUCAUGUAGCACUUGUAGCUGAAAGCCAGCGCCUGCAAGUUUUCCUCAACACAUAUGGUAUUCAAACUCAAACCCCUCAACAGGUAGAGCCCAUUCAGAUAUGGGCUCAGCAGGAGCUUGUGAAAGCUUAUUUCCAUCUGGGUAUCAAUGAAAAGUUGGGGCUCUCCGGAAGGCCAGACAGACCCAUUGGCUGCCUUGGGACAUCAAAGAUUUAUCGCAUUCUCGGAAAGACUGUGGUUUGUUACCCAAUCAUCUUUGAUUUAAGUGACUUCUACAUGUCUCAAGAUGUUUUGCUGCUGAUAGAUGACAUAAAGAAUGCACUACAGUUCAUUAAACAAUAUUGGAAAAUGCAUGGACGUCCACUUUUCCUUGUUCUCAUUCGGGAAGACAAUAUAAGAGGCAGUCGAUUUAAUCCUAUAUUAGAUAUGCUGGCAGCUUUUAAAAAAGGAGUUGUUGGAGGAGUCAAAGUUCAUGUUGAUCGUCUACAGACACUGAUCUCUGGAGCUGUAGUAGAACAACUUGACUUCCUACGAAUCAGUGACACGGAAGAAGUUCCAGAAUUUAAGAGUUUUGAAGAGCUAAACCUUCCCAAACAUUCAAAAGUCAAACGACAAAGCAGCACCCCCAAUGCUCCUGAACUGGAACAGCAGCCGGAUAUCGUGGCUGCAGAGUGGAAAAACAAACCCACCCAUGAAAUUCUUCAAAAAUUGAACGACUGCAGUUGUCUGGCUAGCCAAGCCAUCUUGCUGGGUAUACUGCUCAAAAGAGAAGGCCCCAACUUCAUCACAAAGGAAGGUACCAUAUCUGAUCACAUUGAGAGAGUCUAUAGAAGAGCUGGCAGCAAAAAGCUUUGGUCGGUUGUACGCCGUGCAGCAAGUCUUUUAAAUAAAGUAGUGGACAGCCUGGCCCCAUCCAUUACUAAUGUGUUAGUGCAGGGCAAACAGGUAACUCUGGGUGCCUUUGGGCAUGAAGAAGAGGUUAUCUCUAAUCCUCUGUCUCCAAGAGUGAUCAAGAACAUCAUCUAUUAUAAGUGUAACACCCACGAUGAGAGGGAGGCCGUCAUUCAGCAAGAACUGGUCAUCCACAUUGGCUGGAUCAUAUCCAACAACCCCGAGCUCUUUAUGGGCAUGCUGAAAAUACGAAUUGGGUGGAUCAUCCAUGCUAUGAAAUAUGAACUACAGAUUCGUGGUGGAGACAAGCCAGCCAUAGACUUAUAUCAGCUGUCACCUAGUGAAGUCAAACAACUCCUAUUGGAUAUUCUCCAGCCUCUACAGAAUGGGAGAUGUUGGCUGAACAGGCGUCAGAUCGAUGGGUCUUUGAAUCGAACUCCUGCUGGUUUCUAUGACAGAGUGUGGCAGAUCCUGGAGCGCACACCCAACGGCAUCAUGGUAGCUGGGAAGCAUUUGCCACAGCAACCAACCCUGUCAGAUAUGACCAUGUAUGAGAUGAAUUUCUCUCUUCUUGUUGAAGACAUGCUAGGAAGUAUUGACCAGCCAAAGUACAGACAGAUCAUUGUGGAGUUACUAAUGGUUGUGUCCAUUGUACUGGAAAGAAACCCUGAGCUCGAAUUUCAAGACAAAGUAGAUCUUGACAAACUGGUGAAAGAAGCAUUUCAUGAAUUUCAAAGAGACCAGAGUCGACUAAAGGAAGUUGAAAAACAGGAUGACAUGACUGCCUUUUACAAUACUCCCCCACUGGGAAAAAGAGGCACGUGCAGCUACUUGACAAAGGUGGUGAUGAACUUGCUGCUGGAAGGAGAAGUCAAGCCAAGCAAUGAUGACCCAUGUCUGGUUAGCUGAGGAGGAAGGCAGAAGACGCGCCGUUGAAACUCACUUUCUAGAAACUGUGUUAAGGUUUGUGUUGCAACUUAGAUAAAGCAGCUCUUCAUGCAACACUAGUGAUGCUGGUGAUGUGGCUGCCACGCCCUUAACAAAGCAGGGGCCUGCUCGUGCCGCCACCAGCCCAGUGGUAAGCGGUGCUAUUAAUCAGAUGAAGAGCAGGUCUUAGGAUUAUGCCAACUGCAAUAAUAGUGUUUACCGAACAGUAGAAAUAGCCUCUGAAUUGGAAGUUCACUACUGCACGUGUGUUUAAGGAUCAAAUAAGUCAUCAAAAUAAAACGUUGCUCAUUGCACUAAAUUCCCACCUAUUGCCAUGAAAAUGACAGAGUGGGGUUGAAAAGGUAGUGAAGGGAGGUGAAUGCUGUCUUGUGCAUUGUCAGGCUAGAAGAAAUGUCAGUAUGCCUCAAAAAGCCAAAUCACCCAGCUGACGUUUUGAUUCUCAGAAACUGCAUCAUUAUUUCAGUAGUUGGAGCUAUUGAAUCAUCUUUACUUUAUAAACAAGAUAGUGGUUUGUGUUUGUACUAACCAUAGGAUUGGAUUAAAAGACAAUACAAUAAAUCUAGACUGUGCCAAACACUUUUGACUUUGAAUUCUUAUGAAAACCAGAAUAUGUGUAAGAGUAUUCAGGAAUAUGGACUGUUAACAGUUUAUACUAGUAAAUAUAAAAUUAAAAGUCAUUAAAUUUUAUUUCUAAUUUAAUGAAUAUAUCUGAAACAUCCUUUGGUCUCAUCAUGCCUGAAUGUUUUCAUUUAAUUGAUCGGAAAUGAAAUGGGGGAGAAUCUCUGGUAUCCAUCAUCAUUGCAUAUUUUACUGCCAAAUUUGCUCAAUAAAAAUAGAAA